UCAGCUUAUCUGCUUGAACAGUAAAAUCUCACUGUACAUAUGUUAGUAAUCUCUGCUGGCCAUCAGCCUGAUAAGAUUUUGAAUUUCAACAUUUCUCUUGUUACUGUCUUUUGUAGGCUGAGUGCUUGGUGUUAGGGAGACUGUACGGACAUAAGACCCUGCCCCAAGAUCUGAACAGCUUGAAUCUUUUGUACCAAACAGCUAAAAACCCCGCCAAAUGUGUGCUGUUUUCAGAGUUGGGUACAACAUCAACGCUUUAAAAAUCGAGUAAAAUCCCUGAUCCAGUGAUGAGAGCCAGCUUAGAGGUUCAACAGAGACUAAAGGCCAAAUUCACAACCCUCCCCGUGGGAAAUUGAACUGACUUCUCUUUCAUAGAAACCUCUUAAAGUUGAGGUUGCUACUCAUAGGACUUCUAUGAUCAGAGAAACAGGUUUCAGUGAUUGAGGUCCCCUUCUGUGGCAGUGUGUAGGAGAGACCUGAAGAUCAUCUUAUGCCUCAGCUUGCCACAAACUGCAAACAGCAAAAUGACAGUCAGGUGAUUCAUGGCAGGGGACGUGGAAGGGUUUAGCUCCUCCAUCCAUGACACCAGUGUCUCUGCUGGAUUCAGAGCACUGUAUGAGGAGGGAUUGCUUCUUGAUGUCACACUUGUCAUUGAAGACCACCAAUUUCAGGCCCAUAAAGCACUGCUUGCCACGCAGAGUGAUUACUUCAGGAUUAUGUUCACAGCUGAUAUGCGAGAACGAGAUCAGGACAAAAUCCAUUUGAAGGGUCUGACAGCUACAGGCUUCAGUCAUGUCCUCCAAUUCAUGUACUAUGGAACUAUUGAACUGAGUAUGAACACUGUUCAUGAAAUCCUUCAGGCUGCCAUGUAUGUCCAGCUUAUAGAGGUGGUAAAAUUUUGCUGCUCUUUCCUCUUAGCUAAAAUCUGCUUAGAAAACUGUGCAGAAAUUAUGAGACUUCUGGAUGAUUUUGGUGUAAACAUCGAAGGAGUCAGGGAAAAAUUGGACUCCUUUCUGCUAGAGAAUUUUGUGCCACUCAUGUCCAGACCUGACUUCCUUUCAUAUCUGAGCUUUGAGAAGCUCAUGUCUUACUUGGAUAAUGAUCAUCUGAGCAGGUUUCCAGAGAUAGAGCUGUAUGAAGCUGUUCAGGCCUGGCUGCGCCAUGACAGAAGACGCUGGAGGCAUACGGACACCAUUAUUCAGAACAUCAGGUUUUGUUUGAUGACACCAUCCAGUGUUUUUGAGAAGGUAAAAACAUCAGAGUUUUAUCGAUACUCCCGGCAGCUGCGACAUGAGGUUGACCAAGCCAUGAAUUACUUUCAUAGCGUUCACCAACAGCCUUUGAUGGAAAUGAAAUCGAACAAAAUUCGUUCUGCCAAACCCCAGACUGCAGUAUUUAGAGGAAUGAUAGGACACAGUAUGGUAAACAGUAAAAUUCUUCUCUUGCACAAACCAAGGGUCUGGUGGGAACUAGAGGGUCCUCAAGUACCUUUACGACCAGACUGCCUUGCCAUUGUGAAUAACUUUGUGUUCCUGUUAGGUGGGGAAGAACUGGGGCCAGAUGGUGAGUUUCAUGCUUCAUCCAAAGUGUUUAGAUAUGACCCAAGACAGAACACUUGGUUACGAAUGGCAGACAUGUCUGUUCCACGUUCUGAGUUUGCUGUUGGAGUUAUUGGGAGGUAUGUUUAUGCAGUGGCUGGGAGAACCAGGGAUGAAACGUUUUACUCAACUGAACGGUAUGAUAUUACUGAAGAUAAAUGGGAAUUUGUGGAUCCCUAUCCAGUCAAUAAAUACGGACAUGAAGGGACUGUGCUUGGUAACAAGUUGUAUAUCACUGGUGGAAUUACAUCAUCUUCAACUUCUAAGCAAGUAUGUGUGUUUGAUCCCAGUAAAGAAGGGACAGUAGAGCAGCGAACAAGGAGAACUCAAGUGGUCACUAACUGUUGGGAGAACAAAUGCAAAAUGAAUUAUGCAAGAUGCUUUCACAAAAUGAUUUCUUAUAAUGGUAAGCUUUAUGUCUUUGGUGGUGUCUGUGUGAUCCUGAGGGCCUCCUUUGAAUCCCAAGGAUGUCCUUCUACAGAGGUUUAUGACCCAGAUACGGAUCAAUGGACUAUAUUGGCUUCUAUGCCAAUUGGUAGGAGUGGUCAUGGUGUAGCUGUUCUGGACAAACAGAUAAUGGUUCUUGGAGGCCUUUGUUACAAUGGCCAUUACAGUGAUUCGAUUCUCACCUUUGAUCCAGAGGAAAACAAAUGGAAAGAAGAUGAAUAUCCAAGGAUGCCAUGCAAGCUGGAUGGCUUACAAGUCUGCAGCUUGCACUUCCCUGAAUAUGUUUUGGAGCAUGUUAGACGUUGCAGCUAAAACAGAAUGAACAACCCAAUGAAAUACAAAAAGGUGUACCUAAUUUGUCAAAAAAUACAAACCAGAUGAAUUCCUUCAGAGGUAGUUCCUUGUGCGUAAGAACAACUGCUAAAUGCUUAAGAGAAAUAGGAUGUACAGGGAGUGUACUUAGCAAGUUUAUUGGAAAAGCCAAUGGUUGGUCUGAUAUUGUAAAAGCUUUGUUUUUUUUUAACAAACAUAAUUGUAAGUAGGGGAAAGAAAAAUAUAUUUUUGAGUGUGCU